GCGACGAGGCGCGGACUGGAGGAGAACCGAGUGGCCGGCACUUCCGGCCGGCGGCGGCUGCUCCGGGUGAGCAGGCCCCUGAAGUGCUGUGCCUGGAGAUACCAUUGUGGACCCUGGAGAGGCACCUGCUGCUUAUGCGGUAAAGCCUCUACCACCCCAAACCUCGUCAGUUUGAGGGGAGCCGCUGCCAUAGUAUCCACAGAGAAGGCCAGAGUUCCAGCUGUGUGGAGCAGCAGAGGGGAGUCUGACAGGGUCACCUCCUCCACAGAGAGAAUUGGCAGCUGACUGCACUGCCAGGAGACAAGGCCUAGGUGUGUGGAGCCUGGAAGACCAGGGAACCUGAGGCAGGAGGUGCAGCGUGUGGAGUGAGAAACCCGAGAGGGACUGGGGCCUGUGCUCAGGAUCAGCAGAGCAGGCAGGCAGAGUGGAGAGGGAGAGACGGAGCCCCAGAAGGGGAGCAGGAGGAGAGGGAAGUAGUGGCAGCAGCCCAGGCCAGGCGUGUGUCCUGCAAGUGCUAGGACCAGCCACCCCUCCCCAUGGCCUCCAAGCCGGCUGCCGGGAAGAGCAGAGGGGAGAAGCGGAAGAGGGUGGUGCUGACACUGAAGGAGAAGAUUGACAUCUGCACGCGCCUGGAGAAGGGUGAGAGCCGGAAGGCACUGAUGCAGGAGUACAAUGUGGGCAUGUCCACCCUCUACGACAUCAGGGCCCACAAGGCGCAGCUGCUCCGGUUCUUUGCCAGCUCGGACUCCAACAAGGCGCUGGAGCAGCGGCGCACGCUGCACACGCCCAAGCUGGAGCACCUGGACCGCGUCCUGUACGAGUGGUUCCUGGGGAAGCGCUCCGAGGGCGUCCCCGUGUCAGGCCCCAUGCUCAUCGAGAAGGCCAAGGACUUCUACGAGCAGAUGCAGCUCACUGAGCCCUGCGUGUUCUCCGGAGGGUGGCUUUGGCGCUUUAAGGCCAGACACGGCAUUAAAAAGCUAGAUGCGUCCAGUGAAAAGCAGUCAGCCGACCACCAGGCCGCGGAGCAGUUCUGUGCGUUUUUCAGGAGCUUGGCUGCUGAGCACGGGCUGUCUGCCGAGCAGGUUUACAACGCUGACGAGACCAGCCUUUUCUGGCGGUGCCUGCCAAAUCCCACUCCGGAAGGCGGGGCUGUGCCUGGCCCCAAGCAGGGCAAGGACCGGCUGACCGUGCUGAUGUGUGCCAACGCCACGGGCUCCCACAGGCUCAAGCCCUUGGCCAUCGGGAAGUGCAGCGGUCCCAGGGCUUUCAAAGGCAUCCAGCACCUGCCCGUCGCCUAUAAGGCCCAGGGGAACGCCUGGGUGGACAAGGAGAUUUUUUCCGAUUGGUUCCAUCAUAUCUUUGUGCCCUCGGUGAGAGAGCACUUCAGAACCAUAGGUUUGCCGGAAGACAGCAAAGCCGUUCUCUUGCUGGACAGCUCCCGGGCUCACGCGCAGGAGGCCGAGCUGGUGUCCAGUAACGUUUUCACCAUCUUCCUGCCUGCCAGCGUGGCCUCAUUGGUGCAGCCCAUGGAGCAGGGCAUUCGGAGAGAUUUCAUGAGGAACUUCAUUAACCCUCCAGCCCCCCUGCAGGGCCCCCACGCCCGCUACAACAUGAACGAUGCCAUAUUCAGUGUGGCCUGUGCCUGGAACGCAGUCCCUAGCCACGUCUUCAGGCGGGCCUGGAGGAAGCUGUGGCCGUCGGUUGCGUUUGCCGAAGGCUCCUCCUCUGAGGAGGAGGUGGAGGCAGAGUGCUUCCCAGUGAAGCCCCACAACAAGUCCUUUGCACACAUCCUGGAGCUUGUGAAGGAAGGCUCCUCCUGCCCGGGACAGCUUCGCCAGCGCCAGGCUGCCAGCUGGGGGGUAGCGGGAAAGGAGGCAGAAGGGGGACGGCCCCCUACUGCCACGUCGCCAGCAGAGGUUGUGUGGAGUUCAGAAAAGACUCCGAAAGCUGACCAGGACGGCGGAGGAGAUCCUGGUGAGGGCGAGGAGGUGGCCUGGGAGCAGGCGGCCGUGGCCUUUGACGCAGUCCUGUGCUUUGCAGAGCGGCAGCCAUGCUUCAGUACGCAGGAAGUGGGGCAGCUGCGGGCGCUGCGUGCCGUGUUCCGGAGCCAGCAGCAGGAUGGUGGAGAGCAGUCUUGAGCCUGAGAUCCAUCCCUAGGUAAGUAACUGAAUUGAGGUUUGUCUUGGCUAAAGUUAAAAUUAACAGCCAGCUGGUCUUAAUUUCUGCUUACUGUUAGAGCACUCAGUAAUGAUAUAAGUUGUGCAAUUGUUUGUUUUGCUUUGCUCUUUGUUGUUUUGUUGUUUGUUUCUGUUUUUGUUGUUUCAGUCUUUUUCCCAUUGGGUUUGACCAAUUCUAUCUGACUUGAUCAAAUCUGAAGGAAAGUUUCAAAUUAUGGGGAACAAGGCCUCUGAAGUGGCUAAAUUCCCACCAAAAAAAAAAAAAAGAUUGAUUUUUGAUUUUCAUUACUUAAGGGGCUUUAUUUACAUAACAAGACCACUUUUUGCUAGCCAGGCCAAACUGAAAGCAAUGGCUGUUACCCCACAGUGCAGUUCAAUGCCUAGGGUUCUGCCUUCCUUUUUUUUUUUUUUUUCAGCAUGACAGCUGGGUUUGGUUCCUAAAUCAAGUCCUUUCUGGUUUGAUACUUGGUACUUCUGAAAUAGCAGCAAUUUGUCCUAGCUGCAAUAUGGUAAUGAGAUUUUAAAACUUUUUUUUAAAGGAGCUCAAUGGUUGAAAGUCAGAUAAAUUAAAGUUAACAUCCAAAAUAUGUGUAUGUGUUUGUUUUUAAAGGACCUUCAUGUUUUUGUUUUUGUUUUUUUUCCUCUCUUAGAACCUUGUCUUUUUUUUGAACAAAGGUUUUUUUCUUCUCAGUUGACUCAAUUCUAGUUUCUUCAUUUACUUCUGCUGUUUCUCCUUUCUCUUGCACCCUCUGCUGCACGGGGGACCUAAAAUAGUUUAUAUUAUUUAUAAAUAGUGUGGAGUUCCUUAAAGAAACUCCUUAAAGAAAAUGGAGAAGGUGCUAGACUCCCUUUGGGGGAGAAACCUCUGUUUUUCCUUAUGGAACCCCAAGAAUUUAAACAGACAAGUUUGUUUCAGUCCUUAAACCACUUAAUUUUGUAUUGCGUACCUGAUUUUUUUAACUAAAAUAGUUAUUGCAACAGAGACUACCCUUGUUUUUUAAGGAAGACUGUAGUUUAGACACUUAGAAAUGUGUUUGUAUUAGUCCAUUUUCACGCUCCUGAUAAAGACAUGCCCGAAACUAAUUUACAAAAGAAAGAGGUUUCAUGGACUUACAGUUUGGCAUCGCUGGGGAGCCCUCAUGAUGAUGGUGGAAGGCAAGGAGGAGCAAGUCACAUCUUACAUGGAUGGCAGCAGGCAAAGAGAGUUUGUGCAGAGAAACUCCCAUCUUUAAAACCAUCAGAUCUCUGGAGACUUAUUCACUAUCAUGAAAACAAGACAGGAAAGACUGACUUUAUGAUUCAAUUACCUCCCACUGGGUUCCUCCAACGACAUGUGGGAAUUGUGGGAGUUACAAUUCAAGGUGAGAUUUUGGUAGGACACAGAGCCAAACCGUAUCAUUCCACCCCCGGCCCCUCCCAAAUCUCAUGUCCUCACAUUUCGAAACCAAUCAUGCCUUUCCAACAGUCUCCCAGAGUCUUAACUCACUUCAGCAUUAACUCAGAACUCCACAGUCCAAAGUCUCAUCUGAGACAAAGCAAGUCCCUUCUGCCUAUGAGCCUGUAAAAUCAAAAGCAAGUGGGUUACUUCCUAGAUACAAUGGGGGUACAUGCAUUGGGUAAAUACAGCCAUUUCAAAUGGGAGAAAUUGGCCAAAACAAAGGGGCCACAGGCCCCAUGCAAGUCUGAAAUCCAGCAAUGCAGUCAAAUCUUAAAGCUCCAAAAUGAUCUCCUUUGACUCCAUGUUUCACAUCCAGGUCACACUGGUGCAAGAGGUGGUUUCCUGUGGUCUUGGGCAGCUCCGCCCCUGUGGUUUUACAGGGAACAGCUUUCCUCCUGGCUGCUUUCACAGACUGGUAUUGAGUGUCUGUGUCUUUUCCAGGCACACGGUGCAAGCUGUUUGUGGAUCUACAUUCUGGGGUCUAGAGGUCAGUGGCCAUCUUCUCACAGCUCCACUAGGCAGUGCCCCAGUGGGGACUGUGUGUGGGGGCUCCCACCCCACAUUUUCGUUCCACACUGCGCUAGCAGAGGUUCUCCAUGAGGGUCCUGCCCCUGCAGCAAACUUCUUCCUGGACAUCCAGUCAUUUCCAUACACCCUCUGAAACCUAGGUGGAGGUUCCCAAACUUCAAUUCUGGACUUCUGUGCACUCACAGGCUCAACAGCAUGUGGAAGCUGCCAAGGCUUGGGGCUUGCAUCCUCUGAAGCAGUUUACAAAAGAAAGAGGUUUAAUGGGGUUACAGUUCCACGUAGCUGGGAGUGCCUCACAAUCAUGGGGGAAUGGAAGGAGGAGCAAGUCACGUCUUACAUGGAUAGCAGCAGGCAAAGAGAAAGAUAACAUGUGCAGGGGAACUUCUCUUCAAAAAACCAUCAGGUCUUGUGAGACUUAUUUACUCUCAGGAGAAAAGCAUGGGAAAGACUUUCCCCCAUGAUACAAUUACCUCCCACUGGGUCCCUCCCACAACACGUGGGAAUUCACGAUGAGUUUUGGGUGGGGACACAGCCAAACCCUAUCAUUCUGCCCUUGGCCCCUCCCAAAUCUCAUGUCCUUACAUUUCAAAACCAAUCAUGCCUUCCUAACAGUCUCCCACAGUCUUAAUUCAUUUCAACAUUAACUCAAAAGUCAACAGUCCAGUCUCUUCUGAGACAAGGAAAGUUCCUCCCACCUACGAGCCUGUAAAAUCAAAAGCAAGUUAGUUACUUCCUAGAUACAAUGGGGGUACAUGCAUUGGGUAAAUAUAGCCAUUUCAAAUGGGAGAAAUUGGCUGAAACAGGCCCUGUGCAAGUUUGAAAUCCAGCAGGGUGGUCAAAUCUUAAAGCUCCAAAAUGAUCUCCUUUGACUCCAUUUCUCACAUCCAGGUCAUGCUGAUGCAAGAGGUAGGUUCCCAUGGUCUUGGGCAGCUCCACCCUUGUGGCUUUGCAGGGUACAGCCUCCCUCCCAGCUGCCUUCAUGGGCUGGUGUUGAGUGUCUGUGGCUUUUCCAGGUGCACAGUGCAAGCUGUCAGUGGAUCUACCAUUCUGGGGUCUGGAGGAUGGUGGCCCUCUUCUCACAGGUCCACUAGUGGUGAUGCCCCAGUAGGGACUCUGCAUGGGGGCUCUGACCCCACAUUUCCCUUCCACACUGCCCUAGCAGAGGGUCUCCAUGAGGGCCCCACCCCUGCAGCAAACUUCUGCCUGGGCAUCAAGGCAUUUCCAUACAUCUGAAAUGUAGGCAGAGGUUCCCAAACUUCAAUUCUUGACUUCUGUGGACUCACAGGCUCAACACCAUGUGAAAACUGCCAAGGCUUGGGACUUGCACACUCUGAAGCCAUGACCUGAGCUCUAUGUUGGCCCCUCUCAGCCAUGGCUGGAGUGGCUGGGAUGCAGGGCACCAAGUCCCUAGGCUGCACACAGUAUGGCAACCCUGGGCCUGGCCCAUGAAACCACUUUUUCCCCUAGGCCUUUGGGCAUGUGAUGGGAGGGGCUGCUGUGAAGACCUCUGACAUGCCCUGGAGACAUUUUCCCCAUUGUCUUGGGGAUUAACAUUCAGCUCCUUGUUACUUAUGCAAAUUUCUGCAGCUGGCUUGAAUUUAUCCUCAGAAAAUGGCAUUUUCUUUUCUAUCACAUUGUCAGGUUGCAAAUUUUCCAAACUUUUAUGCUCUCUUUCCCUUAUAAAACUGAACGCCUUUAACAGCACCCAAGUCACCUCUUGCAUGCUUUGCUGCUUAGAAAUUUCUUCUGCCAGAUAUCCUAAAUCAUCUCUCUCAAGUUCAGAAUUCGUCACAUCUCCAGGGCAGGGGCAGAAUGCCACCAGUCUCUGCUAAAAUAUAACAAGAGUCACUUUGCUCCAGUUCCCAACUAGCUCCUCAUUUUCAUCUGAGACCACCUCAGCCUGGACUUUAUUGUCCAUAUUACUAUCAGCAUUUUGGGCAAAGCCAUUCAGCAAGUGUCUAGGAAGUUCCAAACUUUCCCACGUUUCCCUGGCUUCUUCUGAGCCCUCCAAACUGUUCCAACCCCUGCCUUUUACCCAGUCCAAAGUUGCUUCCACAUUUUCAGGUAUCUUUUCAGCAGUGUCCCACUCUACUGGUACCAAUUUACUGUAUUAGUCCAUUUUCAUGCUGCUGAUAAAGACAUACCCCAGACUGGGCAAUUUAUAAAUGGAAGAAGUUUAAUGGACUUACAGCUCCACAUGGCUGGGGAGGCCUCACAAUCAUGGUGGGAGACAAGGAGGAGCAAGUCAUGUGUGACAUGGAUGGCAUCAGGCAAAGAGAGAGAGCUUGUGCAGGGAAACUCCCAUUUUUAAAACCAUCAAAUCUCAUGAGAGUUACUAUCACAAGAACAGCAUGGGAAAGACGUGCCUCAUGAUUCAAUUACCUCCCACCAGGUUCCUCCCAUAACGUGGGAAUUGUGGAAGUUGCAAUUCAAGAUGAGAUUUGGGUGAGGACAUAGCCAAACCUAUCAAAAUUUGGUUGAGAUUUAACAUUUAUUUUGCUGUACAACUCCCGCUGCCUCCCCUUCAUUUUUUCUUAAUGAGGAAAUUUUUUUUCAUUAAGAAAAAAAAUUUUAAGUGCACUGUAAAAGCAUCAUGUGGUUUAGUCUCAUAGUAAUUCUCCCUUUGUGGAGACCCAGGAUUCAGUGUGGGCUCUGUCUAGAGCUCAGAGAUCCAGUUAAGAACAUAGGUAAUCUUUAAACAAAAGUUGUCUCCUUACACAAUCAUAUGAUAGAUUUCUAUAAAUUUUAUGUUUGAUUUGGCAUGCAUCUUUAAUCUCCCCUUAGCACCACCAGGCUUUUCCUGCCUAUACCUUGAGAUGUAAAUUCUGCUGUCUGAUUUUUCAUCUAAGAGUCAUUUCCUUCAAUAUGCAGACUUAGGGCUAUUUAAUUGACAACUGCCAGGGUAAUAAAACAGGUUAUCAGGAGCUUGCAAGUCUAAGAUAAAGGAAAAAAAGGAGGUCUUAGGAAUCUACAAGAUGUACUUCUAUUGGUAUGACUAAUAUGACUAUUUAUGUGUUGUAUACACAAUGUUUCACUACUGAAAAUAUAUAAAAGAGCUCUGAUUAACUGGCUUAAGAAAAUAAAAGCACUUGAAUCAAAUACUUUAUCAGGAAAAAAGAAAAUACUAAUCAAACCCUUUUUGAAGUUUAUGUAACUUAAGUAAAAUCUUUAAUAAAUAAGCUAGCUUUAAAAUUAUUGGUAAAGUAAUAUUAGAAAUGUCUUGAGAAUUGCCAGCAUACAUUUUUGUUUGCAUUUUUAAAGCAAUUUUAUACUUCUCCCUGCUAAAUACUGUAAGGUGUCAAGAUUUGGCAUAGGGGUUGCAAAACUAUAAACCAAGCCCAAAACAAUGAUUUUUUGCUUGUGUAAUCUUUAAUAAGACAUUAAUAUUGAUUUAAUAAAAACAGCUACAUCUUGAAUUUAGCAAGAUUACCAUUAACUUCUAAUCUUGUGGUUUUAGGUGGUCUAGUCCACAGCCAGUAGGGUUUGUUAUCAUCUUUGUUUUAAAGCUAAACUAUAAGUUCCUCCCAAUGUUAGUUUGACCUACACUCAGGAAUGAAUAAGGACAGCUUGGAGGUUCAAGGCAAGAUGGAGUCAGUUAGGUCAAAUCUUUUUCACUGUGUUAGUAAUAAUUUUGCAGUGGCAGUUCUGUAACUUUAAAUGAUGACUAUUGUAGUUUUCAUAAAUAAUUUAGGUGAACAAUUAAAAUAAUUAGGUAAAUGUAAUGGGAUAAAUACUUGUAGGCAAACUCAUCUAAAGUUAAAUUAAAUAAUAGAUAUUUCAUUAUUAGGGUAUUUUCCAAUAAAUAUAUUUAUAGGAAAACAUUCUUUCUAAAAAAAAAGUGUGUGCUUUUAAAAAAAGGUGAGCAAUUUUUGUCUCAUUCAAAGCUUAUUUAAAGGUCAUAUAUAAAACAAGGUAAAAGAAACCAGGAAAUAGAUGUAAAGAAAGUUAUAAAAAUAAAAGGGUUUUACUUUGGUAAGAAAGAUUAAAGAGAAGUAAUUUUAUGUGAGACAGAAUCCUGUAUGAUCAAUUUAGUCCUACAGUAAAAUGAGUGGUUGUUUAUGAAAGAGGGAUAUUCAGGUCAACCCAAAAAGUCCAAGCAUGUCAUGAAUGGUCUGUGUAAGUCACAGUAAGAGGAUGUAUAUAUAUAUUUUUUUCUGAGAUGGAGUCUUGCUCUGUCACCCAGGCAGGAGUGCAGUGGCGCGAUCUUGGCUCACUGCAAGCUCCGCCUCCUGGGUUCAUGCCAUUUUCCCACCUCAGCCUCCCGAGUAGCUGGGACUACAGGCACCCACCACCAUGCCCGGCUAAUUUUUUUGUAUUUUUAGUAGAGACGGGGUUUCACUGUGUUAACCAGGAUGGUCUCGAUCUCCUGACCUCGUGAUCCGCCCGUCUCGGCCUCCCAAAGUGCUAGGAUUGCAGGCAUGAGCCAUCGUGCCCAGCCUAAGAGGGUGUAUUUUUUUAAAAACCAAAAACUUUUAUGCAAUCAAGUUGUCAUACUAUUAUUGUUUUGGUUUGCUUAGAAAAAAAUGAGAUUAAUGUUUUUUAAAAUUAAAUUUAUUACAUCCAUGUAUCGCUCUGUGUGUGCAUUUAAAGUACUUGUGACAUUGAGUUUCAGGGCUUUGACUCCUGGAUCUAAAAAGAACACCAAGUCCUGCUAAAUUUUAAACACUGACAGGAACUAAAUCUCCAUCUUCAGAUCCAGUAGAAGAUGCCAUUCAAAAUAAACUGCAUUCCUGAGACAUAGGGCCAGAAAUUAAAGCUAUUCAACUCCUCAAGGCCCAGGGACUAUCAUGAAGAGGUGGGUGUGUGAGAUUGUAAGGGCUGAUUUUGAGAGAUAAAAUAAGUUCAGUUUCUCUAUAAAUAAAUCAUUAAUGUCAAAAGUACACUGAUGCAAGACCAGCACAUGGACCCCUGUGUCAAAUUAACAAGGUUUUCUGGAAGCAUUAACUAACUCCUUAAUAAAUUAAGGCUAUAAAGUUUAUAAAAGGCUUAUGAAAAUUCUAUCUUAUGGUCAAGAUUAAAAUUUUAUAAGUUGUUUAUAAAAUUUUGAAAAACAAAUGUAAUUGGCUUCCUGUUUUUAUUAGGGUUUAUUGUUUGGAAUAUUAAGUUUUCUCUGAAAGAAGGAAGGUUUUCACCUUUUUUGAAAUCCUCGAGUUAGCACUUUGGUUAAAUGAAUGACUUAUUGUACAAUAACCUGUGAUAUCAAGUGUUUUAAACCUUUGACAUUUGACAAACUUUCCAAAAUCAAAUUAUAAAUUAUGUCUUUUUCUGACCUAAUUAAUCCUUUAAUAUAUUAAGUUCCAUACAGUCCAAAAAUGACAUAAUUUGUCUUAUUUGGUAUAAAAAUUAUAUAGGAAGUGUUGUCAAAUAUGAAAUGGUGUUUGGGUUUCUUUGGGCUGUGUUUGUAUAAAUAUGUUAUUGGUAUGUGUUCCCAAAUCAUAGGAAACUUCUAUAAUUCUGAUAUGACUUAGUGUACAUUAUCAGUAAUAAUUAUAAUUAUUAUGUUAAAUUAUCGUGUGCCACAGAGGUAACAAAUUUUCUUGUCAAUGGUGCUUUUGACUGUGGCUGCCCUAAAACCUUUUGUCAUUCACAGACAAUUGUUGUCUUAUUUUGGUCCUUCUUAGAAGGUGAUUUUGUAAAAAAGCUAUAAAACUGCAACAGCUGUUCUUGCAUACAAGUUUUUAAUAGCUUUGGAGAUGGUGACAUCAGAAUAAAAGAAAAACUUUCAGGACCUAUGGAGAACUGAAAUGUUCAGGAAUAUCAAGCAGAACAGGAAUUAACUACAGCAACUGAACUAUUACAAGACUGAAGUAAUCAUUUUGACUUUUCACUUAAAAUGUUGUUAAUCAUUUGUUUUGCUUUUUCAGAACCAGGGAAACUUUUCUUUUGAGUGAUUAACAGCAUUUAACAGUUUAGUAUAUUCCUAUGAACAAAAUUUGUAACAUAUUUCUUUUUCCUCUACCUGAUUUCUCCAGAAUUUGGAAGCUAUUUGUGGCAAUACAGUUAUUUACAUAAGUACAAUAAGAAUCUCUUUUUAUGUAUAAGAGGACACACUUGGAGAAACUGGUUAUUUUACCAAGGCUUUGACUGGAAUGGUGUGCUUUCCUUUGAGGAAUCAAACUUGACUUACAGAGCCAAUAAAAGCCCCUUGGGAAAACUGGCCUCAUGUUUGUCUACACAGCCCCUGUACAGGGUUCCUGACCUGUGGUAAGUAAAGAAUGUCACUUUCUGACAGGCCCACCAGCCCCAAGUUUUAUCUUGGAACCUCAAGAGAAGAGGAUCCCCCAACUCAUAGAUAUUUGGUGAUAUGAAUCCAUGGCUGCACUCAGCUUUUAAAAAGUCUUAUUUGAGACAAAGUUCCAUCAAAGCCAAUUUAAAAGCCUAUGUAGGCUGGGCAUGGUGGCUCAUGCCUGUAAUCCCAGCACUUUGGGAGGCUGAAGUGGGUGGAUCACCUGAGGUCAGGAGUUGGAGAUGAGCCUGGCCAACAUGGUAAAACCCCAUCUCUACUAAAAAUACAAAAAUUAGCCAUGUGUGGUGGCAUGCACCUGUAAUCCCAGGUACUCAGGAGGCUGAGGCAGGAGAAUCACUUGAACCUGGGUGGCGGAAGUUGCAGUGAGCUGAGAUCAUGUCAGUGCACUCCAGCCUGGGUGGCAAAGGAAAACGCCAUCAAAAAAAAAAAAAAAGCCUAUGUAAAAAAUAAUUAUUCUUGCUGCACUGAAUACAAAUAAUUAGGCCAAGUAUAAUAAAGCAAACUAGUCCUGCCAUGAUUUGUGUUUAUUAAAAAUGGGAAACUGGAGAAAGAAAAAUUAUGGGCAAAACCUAUAGUACACCUGUUGUUAGACUCUAGUCUUACCUAAUGUUUUACAAUUUUUAUUAUUUUCUACAGUUUUGACUGAAUUCUAAUUUUUCUUGGCUACAACGCUUCAAAAUAAUGUUUUUGAUUUUUUCUUCUGUAUUUUCCCCCCAUUUUUCCUGAUUUGGAGUCACUGAAAACUAAGCUGUGCUUUCAUAAAGCCCUGUGAACUGAAGCCAGGCAACUUAAACUUCAGAAGAAAACAACAGCAACUAUUUACGCCACUUUCAUACCUGCCUACUAAUGUAUGGGCUUCAGAGUAAUGUGGCCUAUAUUGAUUUUUCCCAGAUUGUUCUUUUGUUUGUUGUUGUUUUUCUCCCUUCUUCCCCCUAUUUUCUUUUCAUAGGACGAGAUUUCACAACCUUCUAAAAAUGAGCUUUUCUAAUAAUUCCGGACCUAACUGUACAGGAAUAAACCAUCCUAGCCAUGAAAGACCAGACAAAAACCUGAGACCAGAGACUCAUUUUCUUCUAAGAUGCUUUCUCCAAAAGAUUUUAAAAAAGAAAAGGGGGAAAAUGUGAAAGGAACAUAUCUUGGGGCCCCAAAAUCACUAAGCUAAAAGGAAAAGUCAAGCUGGGAACUGCUUCGGGCAAACCUGCCUCCCAUUUUAUUCAAAGUCAUCCCUCUGCUCACUGAGAUAGAUGCAUAUCUGAUUGCCUCCUUUGGAAAGGCUAAUCAGAAACUCAAAAGAAUGUAACCAUUUGUCUGUUAUCUACCUAAGACCUGGAAGUCCCCUCCCCGCUUCCAGUUGUCCCGCCUUUCCAGACCGAACCAAUGUUCAUCUUGCACAUGUUGAUUGAUGUCUCAUGUCUCCCUAAAAUGUAUAAAACCAAACUGUGGUCUGACCACCUUGGGCACAUGUCGUCAGGACCUCCUGAGCCUGUAUCAUGGGUGUGUGUCCUCAACCUUGGCAAAAUAAACUUUCUAAAUUAACUGAGACCUGUCUCAGGUUUUUGAGGUUCACAAUUAAUAGUCAAUGACGUGAGAGAGAAGCCCUCCUCCUCUCCCGGUUGUGGACCUUUCUGUAUUAUCUUGCACCC